AUGGCCCGUUUCAGAGGAAUCUUUGAUUCUGUAAUACUCAUCACGGUUGCCGUUUUCCUCUGUACUCAGUCAUCGUCGGUGGUCGCAGAGGACGAUGAGAAGUGUUUGCGAGGCGUGAAGGAUUCAUUUCGUGAUCCAGAGUUGAAGCUUCACUCCUGGAACUUCAAUAACAAUACCCCAGGAUUCGUCUGCACAUUUGAUUUCGUCGACUGUUGGAACGAUCAGGAAAACCGUUUGCUAACGCUCAAUCCUAUUAACUUAGGCCUCGCCGGAACAAUUUCACCGAGCUUCGAGUUUUGUCUGAGCUUACAGAAUCUAGAACUCUCCGGUAAUCGUCUCACCGGUUCCAUACCCAGGGACCUCUGUAAGUGGAUGCCUUAUUUAGUCAACUUAGAUCUAUCGGACAACCAAUUGUCGGGAGAGCUUCUGGAUCUCGCUAAUUGUUCGUUUUUGAAUAAGCUUAUCCUCUCCGGCAAUCAAUUUUCUGGUAGUAUACCACCUCAGUUCUCAAAUUUCGGCAGACUAUCUGAUUUUUCGGUUGCGAACAAUGCUCUUUCUGGUCCGAUUCCACCAGGCUUGUCGAGAUUUGGUUCGUCCAAUUUUGAUGGGAACAGUGGACUUUGUGGUGAGCCGCUUAGCAAGUGCGGGGGUUUAAGCACGAAGAAUCUGGCGAUAAUUAUCGCCGCCGGUGUAUUUGGGGCAGCGGCGUCAUUGUUAAUUGGGUUUGGGUUGUGGUGGUGGUGCGUGACGAAAUCGAAGGCAAGGAGACGCUACGGAAUCGGUGGAGACGACGAUAGCAGUAGCUGGGCAGAUAGGUUGAGAACUCACAAGCUUGUUCAAGUCUCUUUGUUUCAGAAACCACUAGUGAAGGUCAGAUUAGUCGAUUUAAUGGCUGCAACAAACAAUUUCAGUAAAGAGAGUGUCAUCAUUUCAUCAAGAACAGGAACAACCUACAAAGCAAUUCUCUCCGAUGGAUCUGCUCUUGCGAUCAAGCGACUUAGCAAAUGCGACCUUCACGAGAGGCAAUUCCGAGCUGAGAUGAAUCUAUUGGGUCAACUCAGGCACCCUAAUCUGACUCCAUUGUUGGGUUUCUGCACAGUAGAAGAAGAAAAGCUCUUGGUUUACAAAUACAUGUCAAACGGAACUCUCUCUUCUACAUUAUCUAAACAAUCAAGCUUGCUGGAUUGGCCAAGUAGAUUUAGAAUCGCUCUUGGUGCAGCAAGAGGCCUUGCUUGGCUCCACCAUGGCUGUCGACCUUCAAUCUUACAUCAAAACGUAAGUUCCAACGCCAUAUUUCUUGAUGAAGAUUACGAUGCUCGAAUAGUAGAUUUUGGAUUAGCUACCCUCAUGAAUUCUAACGAAGGUAGCUUUAUCAAUGGUGAUCUUGGUGAAUUCGGUUAUGUAGCUCCAGAAUACUCCAUGACCAUGGUUCCUUCCAUGAAAGGCGAUGCUUAUGCUUUUGGUGUAGUGCUCUUAGAACUUGCAACUGGUCAAAAACCCACGAAUGUAACAGCUGCUGAAGAAGGGUUUAAGGGUAGUUUAGUCGAUUGGGUGAAUCAGCUUUCAAGUUGUGGACAGAUUGAGAAUGCCAUUGAUAAGAAUGUUCAUGGAACAGGUCAUGAUGAGAAAAUUGUGAAAUUCAUGGGAAUUGCAGGUAAUUGUGUUACACCUCAAGCUAGAUCAAGAUGGUCAAUGUAUCAGGUUUAUGAAGCAUUGAAGAACAUGGGACAAGAAUUAGGGUUUUCUGAACAGUAUGAUGAGUUUCCACUUCUUUAUGGCAUGUAG